CAUACUUGUGCUUUUUUAUUUUUUUGCCUUGUUCAAUAAGUCACUGCUCUGCAAUCUCCAUCUAUAUUCCUCUCUUUUUCUCAUUUUCCCUCUCACAAAUUGCAAAACCAUAGUCAUUUCACUGCGAAGCUCACUUUCUCUCUCAUCAGCACACUAAGAUGGAGAACGAUCUCGGCCUCAAUUCCCCUCAUUCUAUGGGAACCACCAUUAUUGGUGUCACUUACAAAGACGGUGUUAUUCUCGGCGCUGAUUCUCGAACUAGCACUGGUGUUUAUGUUGCUAAUCGUGCAUCGGACAAGAUUACCCAACUUACUGAUAAUGUCUAUGUUUGUCGUUCUGGAUCGGCUGCAGACUCUCAGAUAGUAUCUGAUUAUGUACGUUAUUUUCUUCAUCAGCACACGAUACAGUUGGGACAGCCUGCUACUGUCAAAGUUGCUGCGAAUCUUGUCAGACUUCUAGCAUAUAACAAUAAGGACAUGCUACAGACAGGCAUGAUUGUCGGAGGAUGGGACAAAUAUGAAGGGGGUAAAAUUUAUGGAAUUCCACUUGGUGGGACAAUUAUGGAACAGCCUUUUUCUAUUGGAGGCUCUGGCUCGUCAUAUUUGUAUGGAUUUCUUGAUCAAGCUUGGAAAGAAGGAAUGUCCAAGGAUGAAGCUGAGGAGCUAGUGAAGAAAGCAGUCUCCCUUGCCAUUGCUCGAGAUGGUGCUAGUGGUGGUGUUGUUCGAACUGUCAUUAUCAACGAAGAAGGGGCGACCAGAAACUUCUACCCAGGUGACCAACUCCCAUUGUGGCACGAAGAAUUGGCGCCACAGAAUUCCUUGUUAGAUAUAUGGGGUGCUGCUGCAAGCCCUGAGCCAAUGGCAGAAUAGAUUUAAUUGUUACUGAUUGUCGGUGGUCCUCUUCAUAACUUUUUUUUUUUCUUUCACUUUAGCUUCUUGGAACAACUCCUUCCACCAGGCAAUCACCACUUAAGGGUUGCAUGCUGUUAUGUUGAUUUUGUAUCCUGGACUAUUCAGUUAAGCUUAUGCGGCAGCUUUCAUGAUCCAA